AUGAGCGUAGCUCAUGGGAGUAUUGUGUUCGGCCUCAUUUUAUUCAUUGCUCUCAUUCUAUCGGUCCUUGUUCGUCUUCCAUCGUUCAGUCUGUUUAGUUAUCAUCCUACUUUCAUGACAGCUUUUUUAGUGUGUAUAACGGAAGGUGUAGCUCUGCUGCAGCCCACACCAGCAACAGUUGAAACAAAACAAAAAGGGUUUCGAUGGCACUUGUUGGUUCAAGUGUUAGGCAGUGGCUGUUUGUUGAUUGGAUUCUUAUGUAUCUUUUAUAACAAGCAAUUACAUAACAAACCUCAUUUCCAAUCAUUCCAUGGCCAAAUGGGCUUGACUAUAUUUAUCUAUGUUUGGUUACAGGCGAUAUUUGGCGUCAUAAUGGCUCUGAUUCCUCGCUACGUGUUUGGUUCCGUUGAAAGAGGCAAGCAGUUAUGGAAAUACCAUCGAAUGACGGGAUACGUAUUACUGUUAGUGGUGUGGAUAACAGCACAAUUAGGUGUUAGAACAGAUUACAUGCUAGCUAAUUUGAUAAAUACAAAUCUACUCUACCUGCAUUGGAUUGUUCUCGUAUUGGUCAUUGCUGGAUUAUUUUAUCGUUUCCGUAUUCAUAAAAUAGGUUUCUAA